CCCAGAACGUGUGAUGAGAGCAACGGUCCCAGGAAGCAUCGCUGCCUAUUUCAUAUUUAUAACGAUAAAGACGAGAGAAGCGUUGGGUUUCGAGGUCAGGGGUUACAAACAAAGACGGCAAAAAUAUUUUUGAAUAAUUUCAAGUUGGCUUGGACGUGAGAUCAUUUUUUUGAUGGUUUGGCGUUGAUGUCGGCGAUGAUUACUGUUUAGCCUGACUGGCGUGUGUAAGGGUUUCGCCAGUUAACUGGAGCGUGUAGCUGUGUAGCUGCAUAUUAGGCAGAAAAACACGGAAUAACAUUUAAUAUUUCUUCACCUGUGUCGUGGCUGGCGGCGAGCCAACAAUUGACUCUGGAGCAGGACACGGAGGAUAGUGUGGCCAUGACGGGAGGGACUGCAGCUGCCCUUCCCAUGAGCAACCACACCAGAGAGAGAGUGACUGUGGCAAAGCUGACGCUGGAAAACUUCUACAGCACUCUGCUCACCCAGCACGAGGAGCGGGAGAUGAGGCAGAAAAAGUUGGAGAAAGCAAUGGAUGAAGAAGGUUUACCAGAUGAGGAGAAAGUAAUGCGGCGCUCCCAGCAUGCCCGCAAGGAGACAGAGUUUUUGCGACUCAAGAGGACGCGAUUGGGCUUGGAUGACUUUGAGUCCCUUAAAGUGAUUGGACGGGGUGCUUUUGGAGAGGUUCGUUUGGUGCAGAAAAAAGAUACAGGCCACAUCUAUGCCAUGAAGAUUUUGAGAAAAGCAGACAUGCUGGAGAAGGAGCAGGUCGCUCAUAUCCGGGCAGAGAGGGAUAUUCUAGUGGAGGCAGACGGAGCCUGGGUGGUCAAGAUGUUCUACAGCUUCCAGGACAAGAGGAACCUCUAUCUUAUCAUGGAGUUCCUUCCUGGAGGUGACAUGAUGACCUUGCUGAUGAAGAAGGAUACUCUCUCAGAAGAAGCCACCCAGUUCUAUAUCGCAGAGACAGUUUUGGCCAUUGACUCCAUCCACCAGCUGGGCUUCAUCCACAGAGACAUCAAACCUGACAACCUGCUGCUGGACUCUAGGGGCCAUGUGAAGCUGUCAGACUUCGGUCUGUGUACAGGACUGAAGAAGGCCCACCGCACUGAAUUCUACAGGAACCUGACGCACAACCCACCCAGUGAUUUCUCCUUUCAAAAUAUGAACUCCAAGAGGAAAGCAGAAACCUGGAAGAAGAACCGCAGGCAGCUGGCCUAUUCCACUGUGGGGACGCCGGACUACAUUGCUCCUGAGGUCUUCAUGCAGACCGGUUACAACAAGCUGUGUGACUGGUGGUCUCUGGGUGUCAUCAUGUAUGAAAUGCUCAUUGGUUACCCGCCAUUCUGCUCAGAGACGCCACAGGAGACGUACAGGAAGGUGAUGAACUGGAAGGAAACACUUGUCUUCCCACCUGAAGUCCCCAUCUCAGAAAGGGCCAAAGACUUGAUAUUAAGGUAUUGUGCUGAUGCUGAGAACAGGAUUGGAGCAGUGAGUGUGGAGGAGAUCAAGAGUCAUCAGUUCUUUGAGUCCGUGGACUGGGAGCACAUCAGGGAGCGGCCAGCGGCCAUCUCCAUUGAAAUCAAGAGCAUUGACGAUACCUCUAACUUUGAUGACUUCCCUGAAUCAGACAUUCUUCAGCCAGCCAAUGCAACAGAGCCGGACUUUAAAUCAAAGGACUGGGUGUUCCUCAACUACACUUACAAGCGAUUUGAGGGUUUGACACAGCGAGGCACCAUCCCCACAUACAUGAAGGCAGGCAAGGCCUGAUGUGCUCACAUGUGGAGACAGUGGUGUGGACAAAGAAAAAAAACAAAAAAACACAGACGUUUACGGACACAGGGUCGGGCCCUGGAGCCCUGCUGGUGCUGAAGGCUGCACAGCCUCUCAGUCUAAAUUUAAGCUUCAUCACAAGUUAUCUACUGUAGGUCUGCUCAGCCGCUGCAAGAACACCCAAGAGCAUUACCGCAUUACCUCGGUUGUUUAUAUCGUAUACCUGUGCUGUCCUUAGCCAUAGCUCUCAGGCCACCUCACUAACUAGGACACUAACUCAGCCUAUCUGCAUGUUCAGCGGCAUAUUGCUUCUGGAGAGAUUUUUCUUUUUUUCCCCCCAGCUUGAAAACAAAUCACUGCUUUGACAUCUUUGCAUUAUUAUGUUUUAACACUAAUGGUCAAAUUGCCUCUGAUGCAAUUAGUUCGUGAUGUUGAAGACAUGCACUGUAGUUAAACUCUGGAUAAUUAGUAAGAACUGGAACCCGUCACUUAUUGUAUGUGCUAAUUUAAAGGAAACUUCCAGCAUGAUUUCUAGUGUUUUUGCCUUGAAUGUCAGUUUUAGUCAAGAGAUGCUAAGCUCGUGAUCGGGUAACUGGUAGCACAACUUCUUCCAACUUAGUUUCCAGUUAAAGUGCAGCUGGUUGUCAGGAGAAUGUGUAGGACGAAAGAAGUAUUGGUGUCGUUUUCAUUUAAAGAACAGCGGUGUCAGUUCAGACUAGAAUACCUCCGUAAUAAAUGGAUGCUUUGGACUGUUAACUUUUUUUUUAUAAUCUUGUUUAUUGGCACUCAGCAGUUAGCUGAACCUUGCUACUUUGCUUUGAUAAGCAAAUGUUAGCGUUGUUGGUACAGUAAAAUAAACAAGUUCAACUUUACACCUGCUAAACA